AGCCGCAGUACUCAUCAGCCUCCCUUUGAGGCUUCAGCAGUACACACUCUUGUUGUUUGUGUACUUCUUUCAAUGACAUCUGGUGGCCACCAAAUCAAGGGAUAAAUUAUGAAUCCUCAGAGUACACUAAAUUCUUCUAGCGCCCUUGAGGGGGUUCAUGGAGUGCAUCUGGCAUCUCGUUCACCAUUUGUAGCAGAAGAGAUUCCUCAACAUGGGGAAUUGAAUCAGUGCAUCUCUGAAGGUUCAGCUUUUGGAGCUAAUCAGACACUAUUAAUGCAACGCAUUUGGCAGCAGAGGCCAGCAUGCCUGAGGCCUAUCCGCUGUAAUAUUCAAGGUGAUCACAACCUGAUAGAGACAAUUGCUAAUGUGCUCACUUCACUUCCUUUUAUUACCCUUGGAAUCCAUACCCCAAGGAAGAAUUUGAGUAGUAAACUAUAUGCUAAUUCGUUAAUUGGAGUUGGAGUUGCUUCAAGUUUGUACCAUUCUUCAAGAGGAGAACUGAGGAAGUAUCUAAGAUGGGUCGAUCAUACAAUGACAGCCACUGCAACAGUUGUAAGUUAGAGUUGAUUUUAAGAA